GGUGUCGGUCGGACCGGAGGGAGACGAAAACCCCCUGCUCAAGUCACUUCCGUUCCGUCCACAAGCUUCCUCCCACCCAGCUCUGCGAAAACUCCCACAAACUCGAAAGACUCGUCGUCCGAGCGAUUAGCACAAAUGGAAGGCGAAGAAGGGCCUCAGCAGCCUCACCUCAUCCUUGCUCACAAGCUCUUCCUCCUCAACCACCCCCAUGUUCAGGACAUCGACAAGGUCCAUCUCAGGGAGGAGGUCCUCGCUUCCAUCAAGUCCGACGAUAUGGUCUCGCUGUAUGAAACCCUGGUCGCAGACUCGGUCCUGGAGAUGGAUCAGGGGCUUUUGGAUUCGAUGCGCAAGCGCAUUGACGAGGAACUGAAGAAGCUUGACGAGAAGAUCACUGAUGCUGAAGAAAACUUGGGGGAAAGUGAAGUUAGAGAAGCUCACUUAGCUAAAUCUUUGUUUUUCAUUCGAAUCGGUGACAAGGAGAAAGCACUGGAACAACUCAAGGUUACAGAAAGUAAAACAGUGGCUGUGGGGCAGAAGAUGGAUUUGGUCUUCUACACCCUUCAGCUAGCUUUCUUCUACAUGGAUUUUGAUCUCAUUUCCAAAAGCAUUGAUAAAGCAAAAAAGUUAUUCGAAGAGGGAGGUGAUUGGGAACGGAAAAACCGUUUGAAGGUGUACGAAGGCUUGUAUUGCAUGGCGACACGGAAUUUUAAAAAGGCUGCUAAUUUAUUUCUGGAUUCCAUUUCGACCUUCACAACUUAUGAGCUCUUCCCUUAUGACACCUUUGUAUUCUACACAGUUCUUACUGGCAUCAUAUCAUUGGAUAGAGUUUCCUUGAAGCAGAAGGUUGUGGAUGCUCCAGAGAUCUUGACGGUGAUUGGAAAAAUCCCCCAUCUUUCAGAGUUUUUGAACUCUCUUUAUGAUUGUCAAUACAAAUCCUUUUUCUGCGCUUUUGCUGGCCUGUCUGAGCAAAUAAAACUGGAUCGGUAUUUGCACCCUCAUUUUCGCUAUUACAUGAGGGAAGUCAGAACUGUCAUUUAUUCCCAGUUCCUGGAAUCCUAUAAGAGUGUAACGAUUGGAGCAAUGGCAAGAGCCUUUGGAGUAACAGUGGAUUUUAUUGAUUUAGAGCUAUCUCGAUUUAUUGCUGCUGGCAAGCUUCACUGCAAGAUUGAUAAAGUUGCAGGUGUUCUUGAAACCAACCGACCAGAUGCAAAGAAUGCUCUUUACCAAGCGACCAUAAAGCAAGGAGAUUUCUUAUUAAAUCGGAUUCAGAAGCUUUCUCGUGUUAUUGAUCUGUGAGGUAUGUGAAGAGUAAUGAGCUUGACAAAGUGGAUAAAUAUGUUACAAGCUGAAGAGUUAUUGGACUGCUUUGUUUGGCUGUAAGGAUUUUUGGCCACCAAAUAUCUUUCAAAGAAGCAGAUGCGUAGAGAAUGGACGUGAGAAGUUUCUCUCGUGGGGACAUGAGACUUCGUUUUGGGUCCCUUACAGUUGAAAUUUCUAGAUUCCGUAUGUUUUCGAUAUUAAUCUAAGCUGAUUUGUAAGAGAGCGGGAGAGAUUUGUAUCUUCUCUCAUUUCUUGAAGGAUGGAAUCUGGUGCUUGAUAUUUCUUUCCUGGCAUGACGCCAACGGCGAUUAUCACUUCCCCACGGGACACUUUUUUGGGAGAAUUAUUUGGGAAAAGCUGUCUUUAAUGUUGGAAAAUGAAGAAGUCAUUUCAA